CUCGCCCGCGCUCCGCCGUCUUCCGUCUCUUCUUCCCCAGCUCGUUCAGCCGCUGCCGGAGUAGUACCUCUCUCAGUCCAAUCGCCUCCCCACUUCCCGACGUCCACGAAUCAUUACUCUCUGCCGGCAGCUGAACUCCCUCUCCUCCUCUCCAUCUCUGCAGCGUCCCCGCAUUCCUUCCCUAAUUCUCCCCUUUCCCCUAACUGGACCUCGUAUUUCUUCUGCAAUCGCUUCUCUUCAAGUAUACCGUUGUGGAAAUUACUGUUUGAGUUGUUGUUGGAAGGAAGGAUGGGGAUAUUCGAGCCUUACAGAGCGAUUGGGUACAUAACGAGUGAAGUUCCCUUCUCCGUUCAGCGGUUGGGUACUGAGAAUUUCGUCACAGUCAGCAUAGGGAAGGCUUUCCAGGUUUACAACUGCUCUAAGCUCACUUUGGUGCUCGUCAGCCCUCAGCUUCCUGGCAAGAUUCGUGCUCUCACCUCUUAUCGGGACCUCACUUUCGCGGCGUAUGGUAGCCACAUUGCUGUUUUCAACCGUGCUCAGCAGGUUACUACAUGGAGCAGACAUAGUGCCAAAAUUGGUCGAUUGUUGCUAUUUGGAGAACAUGUCCUAAGUGUUGAUAUCGAUGGGAAUUUGUUUAUAUGGGCUUUUAAGCCUAUUGAAGAGAAUCCUGAUCCAAUUGGACGCAUCAAGUUGGAUGAUGGUUUCACUCCCUCAUGUAUAAUGCACCCAGAAACUUAUCUGAAUAAGGUAGUGCUUGGGAGCCAGGAAGGUUCAAUGCAGCUGUGGAACAUCAGUACAAAGAAAAAGCUUUAUGACUUUAAGGGGUGGAAGUCAUCAAUUACCAGUUGUGUGUCAUCACCAGCACUCGAUGUGGUUGCUGUGGGUUGUAUUGAUGGGAAGAUUCAUGUACAUAAUAUUCGGUAUGAUGAAGAGUUGGUCACUUUUACUCAUUCUAGCCGAGGUGCAGUGACAGCCUUGUCAUUCAGUACAGAUGGACAGCCACUUUUGGCAUCUGGAGGUUCAUCCGGUGUUAUUAGCAUAUGGAAUCUUGAGAAAAGAAGGCUUCAGUCGGUAAUUGGAGAGGCUCAUGACAGUUCAAUUGUCUCUUUGCAUUUUUUUGCCAAUGAACCUGUGCUAAUGAGUGCCGCAGCAGAUAACUCCAUAAAGAUGUGGAUUUUUGACACAAGUGACGGGGAGCCUCGCCUGCUACGUUUUCGAAGUGGACACAGUGCUCCUCCACUUUGCAUAAGCUUCUAUGCAAAUGGGAGACACAUUCUCUCUGCUGGUCAGGAUCGUGCAUUUCGGCUCUUCUCUGUUAUCCAGGAUCAACAAAGCAGAGAGCUGUCACAGCAUCAUGUAUCAAAACGUGCCAAGAAACUCAAACUCAAGGAAGAGGAGCUGAAGCUGAAGCCUGUUAUUGCAUUCGAUUGUGCUGAAAUUAGGGAGCGUGAUUGGUGCAAUGUUGUUACCUGUCAUAUGGACACAUCGGAGGCAUAUAUAUGGAGGCUUCAGAAUUUUGUUCUUGGCAAGCAUAUCUUGAGACCAUCUCCGCAGAAUCCAACACCUGUAAAGGCCUGUGCCAUCAGCGCAUGCGGCAAUUUCGCAGUUCUGGGGACAUCAGGUGGUUGGAUAGAACGAUUCAACCUUCAAUCAGGACAUAGCCGAGGUAGUUACCUCGACACAUCAGAAAGAAAUGGUGCCCACAAAGGGGAAGUAGUAGGAGUUGCUUGUGAUUCAACAAACACCCUAAUGAUAAGUGCAGGGUAUCAUGGAGACAUAAAGGUUUGGGAUUUUAAAGGACGUGAAUUAAAAUCCCGAUUGGAAGUUGGCUGUUGUCUAGUUAAGGCUGUCUAUCAUCGAUACAAUGGUCUUCUGGCUACUGUUGCUGACGAUUGGAUCAUCCGAGUUUUUGAUGUCGUGGCAUUGAGAAUGGUUCGCAAAUUUCAAGGCCACACAGAUCGAAUUACAGACCUGUGUUUCAGUCAAGAUGGGAAAUGGCUUUUGUCUUCUAGUAUGGAUGGCACUCUACGAAUAUGGGAUGUCAUCUUAGCCAGACAGAUCGAUGCAGUACAUGUAGAUGUGGCUAUCACGGCUUUGUCUUUGUCUCCAAACAUGGAUAUUUUAGCCACUACUCAUGCUGAGCAAAAUGGUGUCUAUCUAUGGGUGAAUCAGUCGAUGUUCUCUCGAAGCUCGUCCGUAGAUUCUUACGCGAGUGGAAAGGAUGUUGUGAAUGUGAAAUUGCCAUCUAUCUCUGCGACGGAAGAUUCUCAUGAGGAAGAUCAUGAUGGGUCUAAUGUCAACAACCAGUCAGUACCUUGCGAGGCAUCUGGUCUGUCAUCUAUCACUCAGGAACAAAUCCCGGGACUUGUAACACUGUCAUUGUUGCCUAAGAGCCAAUGGCAGAGCCUGAUCAACCUAGACAUCAUAAAGGUGCGCAAUAAACCAAUAGAACCACCCAAGAAACCAGAAAAGGCUCCUUUCUUCCUGCCAUCAGUUCCAUCUCUUUCUGGAGACAUUCUGUUCAAACCUAGCGAACCAGCCAAAGAUGAUGAUGGUAUGGAUAUCGAUGAAGCCAAGAAGACGAAAAACAAGGGAAAAUAUGAGACACCAUUAAUACCAGUGUCCAAGUUUACCGAGCUUCUAUAUUCUUGCGCAGAGGCGAACAACUUUUCAGCAUUCACCGACUACAUCAAAGGGCUAUCCCCAUCAAACCUGGACAUGGAGCUUAGGAUGCUUCAAAUAAUCGAUGACAACGACGAGGACAGCAACGAUGAUGAUCCAGAGGAUGUAGAAACGAAGCCAGAACUCAUCGCAAUACAAUGCCUCUUCGAUUAUUUCAUCCACGAAAUAUCCAGCCGCAACAACUUCGAGUUCAUCCAGGCUCUCAUAAGAUUAUUCCUCAAGAUUCACGGCGAAACGGUCAGACGGCAGCCGAGCCUACAAGAUCAGGCAAAGAAGCUGCUGGAGAUUCAGUCAGCAGCUUGGCAGAAGAUAGAUAAGCUGUUUCAGAACACCAGAUGCAUGGUCACUUUCCUUAGCAAUUCGCAGUUUUGAGACCCACUAGAACGAGGAUCACUAGUUGUUUUCUUACCAAUAUUGUUGUAAUCAGUUUUGAUCGAAGCCAAGAGCUAAAGAUUAGUUUUUUCUGAAACUUUUUUUGGUGUAAUGUUAACUGUUAAAGCUCUGGUUUUUCUUUUUUUGCUGUGUCAAUAACUUAAUAUCAUAGCUGCAGAAAUGAAAAGGAUACACUGUUCAGAAUGCCUAUGUCUGACUUUCUUCAAUCUUUGUUGAAAAGAUUUAUUGUGGCUGUGGGCUUCUGACACGUGGAGCCUUCCUCUACCUCUGGCCUACGAAACCUUGUUCGUCUGUGAUAGGCGUGAAAAUGGAGCGAAAAUAUUGCAGAAGAAUUUUGUCAUUAUAAUACUCUACACCUUCUGGAGAAAUCCUACUCCAAUCUCCA